AAGGUGGCCAUCGAGCUGAUUUCGACCUUUUUAACUGUUCGGCAUAUCUUCACUCCCCCGAACAAAAUCCCUUCGUCUUGGAGCCCCUUUCCACAUACUCACAUAGUAUUUCGAAACCCCCUUUCCCUCUUCCCCCCCCUUUCACACUCCUCGAUAGAUGGCCAGUAGCUCUACCCGACAUGCUCCAGGAUUCUAUCCGACGCCGUCGAAAAGCACCAUUGCACCGCCGGCGGUGGCUACAGAUACGGUGGAGCUUAAGGAUAUGAUAGCAAGCUCUCCGCCGCCUGAGUUGGAGCUCAAGGAUGAUAUUGUCAAGUUGAGUGUCAACGGUGACGAGGCCGGCGUCAGUGCGUUACUCGAUAGUGGGAAAGUUAGUGCGGACUGGUUGGACGAGGAUGGCGUCGGGCCGUUACAUGUACUUUAACCCCUCAUCCCCCCUUUUUCGGCUUAUCUAAUCUUCCCAAACUUGUGCCGUUCAUUUGAGAGACUAACUGAGAUAGUGGGCAGCGAUCAACAAUCGGUAUGCAAUUUGCAAGCUCUUAUUAGAGCGAGGGGCAGCCGUGAAUGCCGCUGGAGGCGAAUCUAAUGCUACCCCUAUAAUGUGGGCUGCGCAGCGCGGACACUACUACCUCGUUAACCUCCUACUAAAGCACGGCGCCGAUCCUUGCAUGAAGGAUAUUCAUGGAUACAAUGCACUUCACUUGACUACGUUUGAGGGAAAUAUGUUCCUGUUGGUGUUGUUAUUGCAUCAUGGGAUUCCUGUGGACAUCCCAGACUCAAACCAACACACUUCGUUAAUGUGGGCAGCUUAUAAAGGAUAUUCAAAUGCUGUGGACCUCUUUCUGCGCUGGGGGGCAGAUGUUCGUGCUGUUGAUGAUAUGGGUUUCACUGCAUUGCACUGGGCGUUGGUACGAGGAAACUUUGGCUGUGUGCAGAAGCUCGUUGAGUACGGAGCAGACAGAUAUGCAAAAACCAACGACGGAAAGAGCCCGGCAACAGUAGCGGAGGAGCUCAAGACACAGAGAGUUUGGUGGGAUGCUUUAGACGAUUGCGGCUAUGACAGAGAUGGGAAUCCACUGCAUCCUAACGGGACGAUCUUAGGGAUACGGGUAACGGACAAAACCACUGUGCUCAACAGAUUCUUUCUAUGUUGGCCGACCUUAAUAAUAUGGGUCAUGGUGAUGUGUUUAAUCUACCUGCCCUGGAUUCCCGGUAUCCUUUCGGCGAUCUUCUCCGGAUUAGGCUUACACUGGAUUGCCACCAGAGCGAGCGAUUAUGCGGAGGGUGAUCAGAAAGCGGUCAACAACACACCCUAUCUAGCAGGGAUAUUUGUGGGGACUAUAUUCUGGACCGCGGAGCGAUGGUUGUUCAACAUUCUGCCUAGUAAAUUGCCCCCUCUCAUCCCAUUCGUACCCAACCCCGGCCCAGCAGUCAACGGCGGAUGGCAAGUGCUCACAUUUUGUGUUCAAAAGAUACUUUUAGUUCGGCUCCCUUCAGCAAUAUUCUUUUUGCAGUAACGUUUUCAUCUUGCAUCUACUUUUACAUUAUAUGCAUGAUUUACCACCCAGGCUAUAUACCCAAGCUUUCCAGUGUAACAGAGCAGAAAGCGGUGAUAGAAGAGCUCCUGAGUUUGUGGAAAUUCGAUAACAACAAUUUCUGCGUCGAAUGUAUGGUUCGUAUGCCACUGCGGAGCAAGCACUGCCGCAAAUGCCGGAGGUGUGUUGCCAAGCAUGAUCAGUGAGUCCUUUAUCUUUUCCUACAUUUCUUCUGACAACGCGUUCCUAACUCCACUUAGCCAUUGCCCCUGGGUCUUCAACUGUAUCGGCGUCAGAAAUCAUAGGCAGUUCUUCCUUUAUGUGCUUAGUCUUGAGAUGGGCAUCUUUAUGCUCGUCCGUCUGGUUAUCAUCCACUACACAGUUCUAGACCUCGUCCCGAAAGCGGAAUGCAGCAUCUUAGCGGAGCCAUUCUGCUCAGCCGUGCUUCAGGACCCCUUCACAGCAUACAUAUUCGUUUGGGGAGCGCUCCAAGCUUCAUGGGUGACCAUGCUCCUUUUAGUACAACUAGUCCAGAUAGCCCGUGCACAGACAACCUGGGAAUCCAUGACCUCCGGGCGCCGCCAUCAUGGCCAUGACAACAAAAUCACUUCUGCUGUAGCAUCCACCAUCGCUGCCGGCGCAACAACAAUGGAAGGCGCCCAACUACUCCCCACGCCCCGAGGCCCCGACCCCUCGGCCGAAGCUAGCAGAGGACACCACCAUCCAGGCUACCACCAUCGCCGUGGCGCCAACGGCACCUGUUUCUCCCGGGCGAAGAAACUCCUCGGUGUAGAUGUUCUCGUCCAUACCGCCCAGGACGCCAGUAACCCCGCCCGCCGCCGUCGCGGUAACCCAUUCUCCAGGGGAAUCCUCACAAAUUGCAAAGACUUCUGGUGCGACCCCGCACCCGUAUUCAAAGAAAACGUUAUCAAUGACGGAGAAGCACUCCUCGGCGGUGCCCGGGUUGACUACUACAGGAUGUAUGAGUCUCCUCCCCGAGUGCGCGCUGGUAGGAGUGACACUGCGAGAUACCAGCAGAUUGCAGAAGAGGAAGAGAAUAUUUAGAUUCCGGGUCGUUUCGUGUUUUUUUUGCUUCAAUUUAGCUCGAUUUGUUUUCCUUUUUAUCUUUCCUGCUCGGGCUGGCUGGUCGGAUUGGGCUCACUGGAGCGAGAAAAAGCAAUAUGAUGGCUCAUGAUAUCUGAUAUAUGUAUUGUUUAGCUACAGAUCGUAGGAUGUAAUAUUUACUUGUAUAUUGCUUUAUCACUAUCUAUAGCUAGUUUAUCGCGUGACUUGGCUCCCUAGGAAGUCACCCCUGGGAAUUCUGCUCGGCGGAUAUCUACAGCCUGAAGAGUUUCCUAUUUCUCUCUCCUUGUUUAAGGCUUGCCCUUGACGAAGGUAGAGUCUGUUCCCCACAUGCUGAGUGGCAAGACUUGCUCAGCAGCCAAAGGUUCUCGCGUUUACAACAGAGUUUUGUGACUGCCACCUAGCAUAUCACGGCCUUAGAGUGUCACAGUGGCUCAGUAGGUCCUUUCUUCGAAACCAUAGAGGUCAGGUGCUAGAGAAUGCUCUACCGCAGUUCCUUGGUUCGUCGACGGGACCGCACGGGGUCGUGUUUAUACACCGAAUCCUGCCUGUCAUGGGUGUUAUGAAAAAGCCUAGCGUUUCGCCCCCUCUAAACCUCUCACAAGUUUUUCUUUAGUCCUCCCCUUUCUCUGCUUUCAUGAAGGAUUUCCUGGAUUUGCUUACUUCUUUGAAAUCUACUGGUAUUGAAGUACAUGAAGUGCGUCAUGCACAAUCACUCGCGGAUUAU